GCCGGGCCGACAUGGCCGCUUCCUGCGCCGCCGGGCGCUGCCCCUCAUUCGGCUGACGGCCGCCCGCUCCGGGGCCGCCCCGCCGCCCGGCAUGGAGGAGAGCUCCAGCUGCGAGAGCCUCGGCGCCGGGCGGGCGGUGGCAGCGCGGCCGCCCAGCGGCGAUUCCCUGUCCAGUGCUUCCACUUCUCAGUCGGACCAUUCUGCUCAUACAAAAUCUGCUUCUCUUGUAUCAUCAGACUCGGUCUCCACCUCAGCAGACAACUUUUCUCCAGACUUAAGGGUCCUACGAGAGACUAAUAAAUUGGCAGAAAUGGAAGAGCCACCUUUGCUGCCAGGAGAAACCAUUAAAGACAUGGCUAAAGAUGUUACUUACAUCUGCCCCUUCACUGGAGCCAUCAGAGGAACCCUUACUGUUACCAAUUAUAGACUGUACUUUAAAAGCAUGGAACGGGACCCUCCUUUUGUCCUAGAUGCAUCUUUAGGUGUUAUCAACAGAGUGGAGAAAAUAGGAGGUGCUUCUAGUCGUGGUGAGAAUUCCUAUGGGCUGGAGAUUGUAUGCAAGGACAUUAGAAACUUAAGAUUUGCUCAUAAGCCUGAAGGGAGAACUAGACGAUCCAUAUUUGAGAACCUCAUGAAAUAUGCUUUCCCAGUUUCAAAUAAUCUUCCACUUUUCGCAUUCGAAUACAAAGAAGUUUUUCCAGAAAAUGGAUGGAAGGUGUAUGACCCUAUUUGGGAGUAUAGAAGACAAGGAAUUCCCAACGAAAGCUGGAGGCUGAGCAAGAUUAAUGAGCGUUAUGAGCUGUGUGAUACAUACCCUGCCAUUCUAGCUGUGCCUGUAAACAUUCCUGAUGAAGAAUUAAAGAGAGUGGCAUCUUUCAGAUCAAGAGGACGAAUACCAGUAUUGUCGUGGAUUCACCCAGAAAGUCAAGCAACAAUUACUCGCUGUAGCCAGCCAAUGGUGGGAGUAAGUGGCAAACGAAGCAAGGAAGAUGAAAAGUACCUUCAAGCCAUCAUGGAUUCUAAUGCUCAAUCCCAUAAAAUCUUCAUAUUCGAUGCAAGGCCUAGUGUGAAUGCUGUAGCCAAUAAGGCUAAAGGAGGAGGCUAUGAGAGUGAGGAUGCCUAUCAGAAUGCAGAAUUAGUGUUCCUGGACAUUCACAACAUUCAUGUCAUGAGAGAGUCACUGAGAAAGCUGAAAGAAAUUGUGUAUCCCAAUAUUGAAGAGACUCACUGGCUGUCUAAUUUAGAAUCAACUCAUUGGCUAGAGCAUAUCAAGCUCAUUCUUGCUGGAGCCCUGCGGAUUGCCGACAAGGUGGAGUCAGGGAAGACAUCUGUGGUUGUGCACUGCAGUGACGGCUGGGACCGGACAGCCCAGCUCACCUCUCUCUCUCUGCUGAUGUUAGAUGGCUACUACCGAACUAUCAGGGGCUUUGAAGUGCUAGUGGAGAAGGAGUGGCUGAGCUUUGGACACAGAUUUCAACUGAGAGUUGGCCAUGGAGAUAAGAAUCAUGCAGAUGCAGAUCGCUCUCCUGUCUUCCUCCAAUUCAUCGAUUGUGUCUGGCAAAUGACAAGACAGUUUCCUACAGCGUUUGAGUUCAACGAGUACUUCCUGAUAACCAUCCUGGACCACCUGUACAGCUGUUUAUUUGGGACGUUCCUGUGCAGCAGUGAGCAGCAGAGAGUAAAGGAGAGCCUUCCAAAAAAGACCGUGUCACUUUGGUCUUACAUUAACAGCCAGCUGGAGGACUUCACUAACCCCUUGUAUGUGAGCUACUCCAACCACGUCCUGUACCCUGUGGCCAGCAUGCGGCACCUGGAGCUGUGGGUCGGCUACUACAUCCGCUGGAACCCCAGGAUGAAGCCACAGGAGCCUGUCCACAACCGCUACAAGGAGCUUCUUGCCAAGCGGGCUGAGCUGCAGAAGAAAGUGGAGGAGCUGCAGAGAGAAAUCACCAACCGUUCCACCUCAUCCUCAGAGAGAGCUGGCUCUCCCGCGCAGUGCGUCACUCCUGUACAGACAGUGGUGUGAGCUGGACUUGUUUGCAGAGUACCUUCCCAGGACCAUCAGGACCGCUUUCCUGGAACUCUCUGGAUUUCCUUUGCAGUGUCUGGGGGAUGCCAACCUAUUAUUUAUUUAUUUCUCUCCAGGGUAAUUUAUUAGUACUGUAUCACUAACAGAAGCUUAAGCAAAAAGAAACAUAGCCCCCUAUGCAAUUAACCUUCUCAGUGGCUAGAUUAUAACACAAGCCAAUUGCACUUGCCACUUAAGAGAAACCUAGAGCUCUUUCCUUGUUCACUUACAUGUUGGAAAUCACCUUGCUUUACAAAAGGGACUGUGCACUAGAGCAAAGUACUAUAUAGGAAAAACAUUGCCUUGGGAGUUUGAAAAGGCCCCCCUUUGCUAAAAGAACUGUAGAAUCUCACCGUGUGAAGUCAUGCAACUGAGGUAUUAACAGAUACAGCAUGAGAACCAAGCGGAGGUAGCGCUAGAAUCCAAAACGUAUCACUGUUCUCACUUUCACUGGAUUUUGGGAAGCCAUGUAAAAUGAUGCCUUACGUAAGAAGGGCAUCUUCUACCACUACACCACAUGGUGGUAGAAGAGCAACUUACAUGACUUAACUUUAUAGGACAAUGUUUACUUCCAUCUCAGCAACUUUAGAUUUUUGCUUAUGGUUUACAGUGAGUGUGCCAGGAUGUAAAUUAAGCAUCUUUAUUUCUGAGGGAGGGAGCAGAGCACAGCUCUCUCUGGGCUUCCUGCAGCUCUUCUGUUCUCCGGUGCCUCUUCCACAUCAGGAGGAAGGUAGUGGAAUGCCAAGGGAUGCAUGUGAGCUGCUGGGAUCAGUCACUUCAUUUUGCUUGGGUAAGAAUUUCUUGUGAUUUUAAUGCUUCUGUGCAGGACCGUAGCAGUAUUUUUAAGGUAUUUCAGCUUUCUGCUAAGUAAUGGAAGCAGCUGUAACAACCAAAGAAGCCUUUCUGCCUGCAUUACAACUGAUACUUUAAUACUCCAAUAGACUAAAAAGCAUAGUGGUUUCUGAACUCUAGCUUUAAGUCUCUUUCCCUCAUAGCAUACUUCAAGAAUUCAUACUUCAAGAAUUAGGGUCAUCUGACUAAACAUAAAUUCAAUUUUAAUACAAACUUUUAUUGUAGAUUUUAUUGUAGAAGUAGAUAAACAUUCAUUGAAACCAUAACUGCUGCACUGCUUGUCAAACACAUAAGCAAGAGGCUGUAGGUGGCAGGGCUUCCAGUGAAGUUGUGUAUCUGCAAGGAGCUUUGCUCCAAGCUGCUUCUUAUCUCUGCACUGAGAUCAUGGCUUGGUUUGAGUUCCAGCAUUGUUUUUGUACAAUAGGAGCCAUACUGUGGGCAGCUGCUUAAUAUACAUAUCAUGCUUUUUUUCUCAGCCUUUCUCCCAAGACAGAUAAAUAUUUCUUUGAGAGGAUAUGAGAGUGGACUGAUUUACCCAUAAUUCUUUCAGAAUCCUCCCAUUCGUUCAGGAGGAAUUAUUUCCAGCUGCAGUCUAUUUGUAUGAUUAACAGGCUGUAGAUCAUUGCUACACUUGUUACAGGGUAGCCUGAUAGUUCAUAUCUCACUAGUGCAAAGAAUCCACUCAAAAUAGCUUCUGAAAGACUUAAAUUUGCUUUAAGGUUGAAGGGCAGAGUUACUGUUAAGUACAAUCAUUGUAUAAGAUGUGUCAUAGUAUUAUUCUAUAUUAGCAAACUGACCACGUGUGUAUAUUUUGUUUUUUUGAAUUAAGGCUGGUUGGUUUAACACUAAUAAAAAAUGGUAAAUGGA